UAUCAUCAUCAUCAUUAUCAACAUGAUCAAAUGAAUAAUCAUAAUAAUAAUCAAGAAUUAUUAUCAACAUGGUCAUUAGCUGAUUCUUGUGAUAGUAUUGAUGAACGAUUAUCAUCAUCAUCGAUACCUUCUAAUCAUCAUCAUCAUCAACAAUAUCAAAUACAUCCAUUAUCAUCAUCAAUAAAUAAUCAACAACAUCAUCAAUAUUAUCAUCAUAAUCAUACGACACAAUUUUAUCCAACAACAACAACAACAAAUCUAAAAACAAAUCCAGCAUGGAUUAAAGUCAAACAAUCUAGUGUUAAAAGUCCAGAUAUUUUACAAAGGCCAUCAUGGUUUGAUGCAGAAUUAGCAUUAAAUCAAAUGGAAAAGGGCAAAGCAAAUGGCAAUGGUACAUCAUUAUGGUUACGUUUUAUGAUACAGACAAGAUUUUUUGAAUUAGGUUUAUGGAUACAGAAAAAAGCCGGUGCCAUUAUGUUUAUUGCAUCAUUAAUAUUAAUUGUUUGUAUAGCUGGUCUUAAAUCUGUUCAUAUUGAAGAUAAUGUUGAAAAACUUUGGAUUGAAGAUGGUGGACGAUUGGAAAAAGAACUACAAUAUGUACGAAAUAUUCUUGGCGAUGGUUAUGGUACAACCGAUCAAAUAAUCAUACAAACACCUAAACAUAAUUAUGGUAAUGUUUUAAAUUCAUCUGCAUUAUUAUUUCAUUUGAAAGUAAUGCGUACGGCUAUUACAACCACUGUCGAAAUGUUUGAUGCGACAUGGAAUCUUAAAGACAUUUGUUAUACACCAAGUAGUCCUUACUUUGAUAAACAUCAUCUUGAUUCGCUUUUGGAAAAUAUUUUCCCUUGUUCAAUUAUAACACCAUUGGAUUGUUUUUGGGAAGGAUCCAAAUUACUUGGUCCUGAAAUUCCAGUAAAAAUACCCGGAUAUAAUCAACAGGUACAAUGGACAAAUCUAAAUCCACAACAAAUGGUCGACGUUAUGAUUACAUUAAUGAAACAAUCGAUUGAAUCAUCCGGUGCUAUUAUCGAUAAUAAUAAUCUAAUUGAUAAUAAUGGUGGUAGUAGUUCGGGUAUUAAUCCUAUUCUAGAACCACUUGAAACAAUUAGAAAAUUUAUGAAACGUGCCGGUAUAACCAGUGGUUAUCAAUCAAAACCAUGUUUAGAUCCAGAAGAUUUUAAUUGUCCAUUAACAUCACCAAAUAAAUUAUCUGGACAAUUACCAAAUAUUGGUUAUGAAUUAACUGAUGGUUGUUAUGGAUUUGCAACAAAAUAUAUGCAUUGGAUUGAAGAUUUGAUUGUCGGUGGUGUUGCGAAAAAUCGAUCCGGACAUAUUGUUCGUGCUAAAGCAUUACAAUCAAUCAUACAAUUAAUGGGUGAACAAAAUCUUUUUGAAUAUCAUCAACGUACGAUUAAAGUUCAACAUGUUAUGGAUUGGUCAAUUGAUAAGGCACGUUCCAUUCUUCAAGCAUGGCAACGAAAAUUCGGUGAAGAAUUGGAACAAUUUAUGAUGGAAACUGAUUUUAUCGGUAGUCAACAAUAUGAUGUUCAUCAUUUUACUAGUGCAUCACUGACAGAUAUAAUGAGAAAUUUUACACAAGUCAAUUUUAUUCGUUUAUCCAUUGGUUAUAUAUUAAUGUUAUUACAUGCUGGUUUAUCAUUAUCAAGAUGGCGUAAUAAACAUAUCCGUUUAGAAAGAUCACAAUCUAUACUUGGAAUGUUAGGUGUUUUAUUAAUCGGUUUAGCUGUUGCAUCUGGUCUUGGUGUUUGUGCAUUAAUUGGUCUUUCAUUUAAUGCAACAACAACACAAAUUGUACCAUUAUUAGCAUCUGGUUUAAGUAUUGAUAAUAUGUUUCUUAUUGCUCAUCUUUAUACUACUGAUUUUAUGAUUAAUUUUGUACCUCAUCAGUAUCGAACAGCCGAAUGUUUAAAACAAACCGGUUUUAAUAUUUUAUUAUCAUCGAUUGGUAAUAUUGUUGCAUUUUGUUCGGCAGCAAUAAUACCGAUACCAGCAUUACGUUGUUUUUGUUUACAAACAGCCAUUUUAAUUACAUUUACAACUAUAGCUGUGAUUAUUUUAUUUCCAGCUAUUGCUUCGAUUGAUUUACGUUUUCGAAGUUUAUAUCUUGAAUCGACAACAACAACAACAAAUCAAAAUGAUGUGAAAACAUCAUCAUUUUUAAUCAACAUGUGUUUCUAUCUAUUCUGUUGUCGUACACCACAAUUUCAGCCACAUAAUAAUCAAAUCUCAACAACAACAACAACAUCUGGAUAUAAGUCUAAUAAAUAUCCAAUUUCAAAUCUUCAACAACAACAACAACAACAAUCUAGUCAUCAUCAUUCAUCAACAGAAUCAUCGAAAUUAAAAACAUCAUCAUCAUUUAAACAGCCAUAUAAUUAUGUCUAUCUAAACAGUAUUCAACCAAUGAUUAAUAAUAAUAAUAAUAAUGUUAAUCAUCAUCAUCAUCAUGAUGAUAAUAUUGUGAAAAGAAAUUCUCCAGCUAUUUGUCGUUGUCAACAUCGUACAACAUCAUUUGCAUCUAAUAUUGUUACAAUUAGUAAUAAUGUUGAUGAUGAUGAUGAUGAAAUUAUACGACAAUGUGAUCAUUGUGGUGGUGAUCUACGUACACAAUGUGAUGGUCAAAAUGAUGAUGAUCAACAAGAAUUUCAGGAAACUUCACCAAUUGCUCCUUCUUCUUCAUCAUCAUCAUCAUCGAAACCACAUAUAUUGAAUAGAAUUCAAACCGAAAUAACUUCAUCGUCAUCAUCAUCAAAACAAACAACAAUCAAAUUAUUUAAAUUCUCUACAAAUCAUAUUGUUCAACAUUAUCUUACACCCGUAUUAAAACGACGACCGAUAAAAGUUUUUGUUUUACUUUGUUAUCUUGUUCUUAUUGUGAUUUCGGUGAUUGGAAUCACAAAAGUUAAUGAUGGUCUUGAUCUUACCGAUAUUGUUCCUCGUGGUACAAAUGAAUAUCGUUUUCUUGAAUUACGGCGACAAUAUUUUAGUUAUUAUAAUAUUUUUGCUGUAACAAAAGGAAAUUUUGAUUAUCCAAAUGGUCAAAGAUUAUUAUAUGAUUAUCAUCAAACAUUUAAUAGAAUCGAUGCUAUUAUUAAAAAUGAUGAUGGUGGAUUACCAGAUUUUUGGUUGCCAAUGUUUCGUGAUUGGCUAAAAGAAUUACAAGAUGCAUUCGAUUAUGAUCGUAAACGUGGCUGUAUAACACGUGAACGUUGGUAUCCAAAUGCAACAUCUGAAUCUAUUUUAGCUUAUAAAUUACUUGUUCAAACGGGUCGUCCAGAUAAUCCGGUUGAUAAAUCAUUAUUGCUUUCAGCUCGAUUAGUCGAUAGUCAAGGAAUUAUUAAUCCAAAAGCAUUCUAUAAUUAUCUUAGCGCAUGGAUAUCAAAUGAUGUUAUGGGUUAUGGUGCUUCGCAAGCUGCAUUCAAACCUGAACCACGUCAAUGGAUUCAUGAAGCUAAUGAUGUUGAAUUGAAGAUACCAAAAUCACCACCAUUAAUAUUUACACAGAUUCCAUUUCAUCUGAAUAAUAUUCGUUCGACGGAAGAAAUUGUUCAAACUAUUCAGGAUGUUCGUUCUGUUUGUCAACGUUUUGAAGAACGUGGCCUACCAAAUUUUCCUACCGGUAUACCAUUUACAUAUUGGGAACAAUAUCUUGGUCUUCGUUUCUAUAUGAUUAUUGCUUUAAUGGCUGUUCUGAUUGGAAUUUUUGUUACUACAUUAGUUUUGACCUGUAGUUUAUGGACACCGGUUAUUAUUGUCGCCCAUCUUAUCAUUAACGUUUUGAUAUUAUUUGGUUUUAUCGGUUGGAUCGGUAUCAAACUAAGCGCUUUACCAGCAGUAAUUUUGAUUGUAUCGAUUGGAAUAUCAUUGAAUCCAUUGAUUCAUAUUACGAUUAGUUUCAACACAGCUUUAGGUAAUCGUAAUAAACGAAUGUCAAUGGCUUUGCAACAUAUGGCCAAUCCAGUAUUGCAUGGAAUUAUAUCAACAUUAUUUGGAUUGAUAAUGUUAUCAUUUUCAGAAUUUGAUUUUAUCAUUAGAUAUUUUUUCAUGGUACUUGGUGCAUCUAUUUUAAUUGUUACCAUCAAUUCAUUUAUAUUGUUACCAAUUAUAUUAUCAAUUAUUGGACCAAAAUCUGAAUUACAACCGCUUGAACAUGAAGAUAGAAUUUCAACACCAUCACCACCACCAUCGCCGAUUACAUUACCAUGGCCAUCAACAAUAAAUCAUCAUUUUAAUAAUGGUAGUGUUAUUGGUAAUGAUCAUUCUUCAUCAAAUAAUCGAUACAUUGAAGCAUUGAUGCUAGAAACAGCUGGUAUAGGUCAUAGAAAUGGAAGAAAAUCACCAUCAAAAAUUAAUCGUACACCAUCAUCAUUAUUUAAUCGUUAUCGAGCACAACGUAAAGAAUUACAACGAAUGCAUUCACAAUUAAGUUUAUCAACAAUAUCCGAAGAGCCAUCAUCAUAUCAAUCGACACCAACACCAACAAUAACACCAUUACCUAAUCAUAAUACAGGCUCGCCACCACAACAAUCAAAUAUAACAACUAUUCAACCGACAACAGCAACAACAACGCAGCCAAUUGUUGUUCAUCCGGAAUUUGUUGUUGAAACAACCAUUACGAAUAAUAAUCCAAAAACAUCCAUAACACCUACCUCAGAGAUUAGAUCAUCAUCUUCAUCAUCAGCAGCGACAGCAACAACUAAUAGUCCAUCACCAUUAAUGUCAAACGAUGGUGAUAAUAAUUCUCGUUGUGAAUCAUCUAAUUCGAUAGCAUCAUCAUCAACAACAACUGUAACAACAAAAGUAAUGGCAACAGCAAAAUUACAGAUUGAAUUACAUCCAUAUACACCAUCACCAACACCUACAAUAGGAUCAACACCAGCAGCCACAGUAAUAACGAAUCCUAUACAACAUCAUCAUCAUCCGAUUGUUCCAACAAUGGUAUCAUUUCCUGGUGCAAAUUAUCAUCAAUAUCCACAAACACAAUCACAACAUCAUUAUCAGCCAAUAUUUAUGUCACAACCACAUCCAUCAUCAUAUCAUCAUCAUCAUCCUCAUAUACCGAAUCAACAAACAACAGGACAUGAAUAUCGUUUCUAUCCAGGACAAUCUGUUACAUUUGAUCAUCAUCAUCCUCAUCAUUCAAAUCAACAAGUACGACGAUUUCAACAACAACAACAAUCAUCAAAUAAAUUAAUAUCCACAACAUCCACAUAUCAGCCAUCAAUGAUGAUGAAUCAAUCGACAAAUUUGCCAAAUCAUCAUCCUCAUCAUCAUCAUCAUCAUCAACAACAACAAUGGCGAUAAAUCUUUGACAAAAAAA